GGUCACAAAAAAAAAAGACUACCGACAAAAAAAAAAAGACAGUUCAUUUGUUUUUUCUUUUUCUUUUUCUUGAUGAGAAGAAAGUAGUAAUCUUUUGGCACAUUCUUGUCCUGAUCUUCUUCUUCUUUUGUUCCUAAUCUUUCUGAGUAGCUUCGAUCUCAUCCAGUUUCCAUUGAUCUCUCUCAGACUUGGAUCUGGACGAAGAAGAAGAAUCUCUCCCUUACCAAGCAUUCUCAUAAAGCUUCCUCCUUUUUAAGUAUAGUACUAGUUUAAAGAAUCGUCAUUGCAUUGUAAUUAGGAGAGUUAGUUAGCUUCCAAAGAUCUAGUCUUUGAAUGGGUUGAGUGAGUUUUGUCGGAUGUGGUGGAAGGUUCAUAAAAACUCAGAUUAGUCUUUUUUUUUUUUAAUUGAUUAAAAAAGGCGAAAUCUGUGGUUGACUUGAGCAAGAAUCUGGAUUCUUUCGAGGAAGAGUAAUAAAUGUUCUCAGAAUUCCCCUGGUUUUGCGUGUAAAGGUUACAUUUUUUUGAGUGUUAAAACUUAUCCGAGUGUGCAUUAGUAUUCUUUUGUAAGCUUCUGAGGAAGACUCUCCAAGUUGCUCCGUUGUUUUGAUGAUACUCCCCUGUGGAGAGAGAGUGAGAGAGUUGUUAGGAUUUUGGAAGAAUGUGUAAAGCGGAGAAGUUUCUAUACCAUAGGAAACUCUGGGAGAUGAAGGUUAAGUAUCUAGGAGAUAGUAGUAAGAUAGAGAAGUUCAAGAACUCUUUGGUUUCGAGGUCUCGUAUGAGCCUAUGGAUGAUUCGUGCUAUGACUAUAUUGUUGCUUUGGAGUUGUUUUGUUCAUUUGGUUGCUUUGGGUGAGAUGUGGGGACCUAGAUUGUUGAAAGGCUGGCCUUCUUGUUUCAAUCAUCAUGAUUUCCCAAUGGCUGCUGCUGAGAUGACUUCUCUUCCCAUCAAAAUCGCCUUUCCUCCUAAAAGGAUAUAUCAGAACAAUGGCUAUCUUAUGGUUUCUUGCAAUGGGGGACUCAACCAAAUGCGAGCAGCGAUAUGUGAUAUGGUCACUAUUGCAAGAUACAUGAAUGUCACACUUAUUGUGCCUGAGCUUGACAAGACCUCGUUUUGGAAUGAUCCAAGUGAGUUCAAAGACAUAUUCGACGUAGAUCACUUCAUUAGUUCUUUAAGAGAUGAGGUUCGUAUACUCAAAGAGCUUCCUCCAAGGCUCAAGAGAAGGGUUAGGCUUGGGAUGUACCAUACCAUGCCUCCUAUUAGCUGGUCCAACAUGUCCUACUACCAAGACCAGAUUCUUCCACUGUUAAAGAAGCACAAGGUUGUACAUCUGAACAAGACCGAUACACGACUUGCUAAUAACGAACUGCCUGUUGAGAUUCAGAAGCUGCGAUGCCGAGCAAAUUUCAACGGGCUUAGGUUCACUCCAAAGAUUGAGGAAUUGGGUAGAAGAGUAGUCAAGAUUCUGAGGGAGAAAGGUCCCUUUCUUGUUCUGCAUCUCAGAUAUGAAAUGGAUAUGUUGGCAUUUUCUGGUUGCUCACAUGGUUGCAACCGCUAUGAAGAAGAAGAACUAACAAGAAUGAGGUAUGCUUAUCCAUGGUGGAAAGAGAAAGUAAUAGACUCAGAGUUGAAGAGGAAAGAAGGUCUUUGCCCAUUGACUCCAGAAGAAACUGCUCUUACUCUAUCAGCUUUGGGUAUUGACCGUAAUGUUCAGAUUUACAUUGCUGCCGGAGAAAUAUAUGGUGGUAAAAGGCGGUUAAAGGCUUUGACUGACGUUUUUCCAAAUGUGGUCAGGAAAGAAACUCUACUCGAUUCCUCUGAUUUGAGUUUUUGUCAGAACCAUUCUUCUCAAAUGGCUGCUCUUGAUUACCUUAUCUCUCUCGAAAGUGAUAUAUUCGUUCCUACAUAUUAUGGGAACAUGGCGAAAGUUGUGGAAGGUCAUCGCAGGUUCUUGGGUUUCAAGAAGACGAUUGAGCUAAACCGUAAGUUUUUGGUUAAGCUAAUAGAUGAAUACUAUGAAGGAUUGUUGAGCUGGGAAGUGUUUUCAUCCACGGUUAAGGCCUUUCACUCUACACGAAUGGGAGGGCCAAAGAGACGGCUAGUGAUCCCAAAUAGACCGAAAGAAGAAGACUACUUCUAUGCCAAUCCAUAUGAAUGUCUUCAGCUAUUACAUGAGAAUAAUGGCAAUUCACUAGAAGAAACCAUAUGAUCAGAUCCACCAUAUUGUUGUCUUUGUGGAUGGAGGAGAUCUUUGGGUAAGUUUAGCUUGAGCAAGAUGAUGCAGGACAUGGGUAGAUGGGGGGCUAUAUAACAGUCUUGAAGGUGAGGUUCCUUAAACAGAUGAGAAGUUAUUUAGGGUUCUUUGGUGUACAGAGAUUUCCAUGCAUGGAUGCAGAAGAAAGGUUGUAGCUUUCUUUGUUAAGUGAGCAUAUUUGUCCUUUGGCACCAUAUAUCCAUCAUCCAUGGCCUUGCAGUU